GCGUUUCAAGUGUGCUAGUACAGGUUUCCGACUAGUUUCAACACAGCAUAUACAAAAAGUGGUUUUCUUCGGUACAAAAUGUUCUCCUUGGUUCUAGAACUUAGUAAUGAGAAAGUGCUUGUUCACAGGAAUCACUGGUGAGAUUCGCCAUCAGGACGAUGACGUCACAUGGGAGAAAAGAUGGUUGAGCAGCUAAAGGAGGCUCAACAUACGGCAGAAAAACAGUGACAUGUCCUGCGUGUAAACUGUGUCAGUGUCUCAAAAAGAAGUAUACCGUAGCUGUCGCCAACUACUUUCUACUGUAGGUGGAGAAAAGAGAAAUGCAGCUUAAGGCUCGGCUUUGACAGCGCUCCUCAUCGAGCGGCUAACAUCUAAGGAGAUGCUUGCCGUGCUUGAGAAAAGUAGAGGCAAGGACGUUGAUGCAGUUGAGCUGUCAGAGUGGAAAAGCUGCCUCCAGAGAAGGCUGUUCGAUGUCGAGCUGAAGCCUGAAGCUUGGUUGCACACAGCAGACAAUCACCAGAAGUUCCCGAUUAAAGAAGAAGUUCCUCUUGAGAAGAGAGUGAGGCCCAGUCUGAACCAGAAGGAGCAGCAGCACAUUAAAAAAGAGGAAGAGGAGGAAGUGUGCAUUAAACAGGAGGAGGAUGAGAUCGUCACUGUGAUUGUAAAGAGUGAAGAAGAACAAAACGCAAAGGACUUUAGUGGACCUGGAUCAGCCUGGGACUUCAGUAAACACAAGCAUUUAGGAAGAGAUAGUGAAGGCAGAGCUAAGGAUUCUUCUGAGACAGAAGACAGUGAAGAUGGUUGGAAAGACUGCAGUGAACCUUCAAGUUCCAAGACGAUAGAAACCACAGGGUUUUUUGGCGAUGUGACAAGUAACACUGCCAAGAAACUAAUUUGUUCCUAUUGUGGUAAAAUAUUUACAUGUAAGUCAAAUCUUGUGAGGCAUCAAAUAAUUCAUACUGGAGAGAAACCUUUUAGUUGCUCUAAAUGUUGUAAAAGGUUUACACAGAAGGGACAUCUAAGAAGACAUGAAAAAAUUCAUAUAGGAGAGAUUAUUUAUUCUGGUGAAAAACUAUUUAGUUGCUCUGAUUGCGGAAACAUAUUUAUUUCUGAGAGUGAUCUGUGUUCACAUAAGACAAUUCACACAAGAGAGAACCAAUUUUGUUGCCAAGAAUGUGGGAAAAUAUUUUCGCGCAAGAGCUGUCUUAAGAAACACGAACAAAUUCAUACGGGAGAGAGACCAUUUAGUUGCUCUGAGUGUAGUAAAAAUUUUAGACACAUGGAUCAUUUAAAGUCACACCAGAAAACACAUACAGGGGAGAAACCAUUCAGUUGCUUUGACUGUGGGAAAAGAUUUGCUCACAUGUUUGCACUAAGGUCACAUUUGAAAGUUCAUACAGGAGAAAAACCAUUUAGUUGCUCCGAGUGUGGUAAACGUUUCACUAGAGCAAAAGAAAAAGUGAGACAUGAGAGAAUUCACGCGGGAGACAAACCAUAUAGUUGCUCUGCGUGUGGUAAAUGUUUUAUUCAAAAAAGCAGUCUGAGGGAACAUGAAAGAAUUCAUACAGGAGAAAAACCCUAUUGUUGUCAUUAUUGUGGUAAAAGGUUUAGGCAGGCAGACCAGAUGACAAAACAUGAGAGAAUUCACACAGGAGAGAAACCAUUUAGUUGCCCUGAGUGUGGUAAAAAAUUUAGAAGAUCAGAUCAGCUGUCUAGACAUUUCAGAAUUCAUACGAGGCAGAAUCAGAAAAAAGACGUUGACACAACACAACCUCUUUCCCAGGAGAGUAAACCCUUCAGUUGCAGUCCGGACCAAGAUCGGCAUUGAAAACGUUGAUCAUUUAACAUUCAAUAUGUUUUAUAUAAUGUAAUAUUCAAAUACAUACCGUAUUUUCCGCACCUUCAAUGAAUGACAUAUUUUAAAACUUUUUCCAUAUAUAAGGCGCACCGCAUUAUAAGGCGCUACAGUAGAGGCUGUAGUUACGUUAUGCAACCAUUAGAUGGUGCCGCGCUAAAGGGAAUGUCAACAAAACAGUCAGAUAGGUCAGUCAAACUUUAUUAAUAGAUUACAAACAAGCUUUCCACAACUCCAUUCACUCCCAAAAUGAAUAAACAGCUGUUUUAUUAUUUUCUCUGAGGUAAAGCAUUAGCAUUUGCGUGACGCAUCUUUAACCUCUUUUAACAACAGCAAGGUAUAACAUUUUACUUUUCCUCCAUUCAGUCAACACGCAAAAAACAGUCUGAUACUGUUACGGUAAAUUAAACGUUAGUGCAAUCACAAUAUAGUGACACUCGUAAUGUGCAAAAACAAUAACAAGUGCAAAACAAUAACAAUAACAAUAAAGCAAUAGCA